AAAUCCACACAGCCGCAAAUUAGAAUCAAGCAGAAAUAACAGAAAUAACUGCAAAAACCAAAACGAAGAAAGAAAUCUAAAACCGAAACAGUCUUAUCUUAACCAAACCGAACCGGGUCUCUUCUUUGUUUGUAACUCUCCAAAUGGUGAAGAAAGCGAUGAAGGAGGAGGAAGAGGCAGAGAUGAGAAACUCGUCGAUGCAGUCAAAGUACAAAGGCGUGAGGAAGAGGAAGUGGGGCAAAUGGGUUUCCGAGAUCAGACUUCCCAACAGCAGAGCGCGAAUCUGGCUAGGCUCUUUCGACACUCCCGAGAAGGCCGCGCGUGCCUUCGACGCCGCCCAGUUUUGCCUCCGCGGCCGCCAAUCCGGUUUCAAUUUCCCCGAUAAUCCGCCGUCGAUCUCCGGCGGAAGGUCGCUGACGCCUCCGGAGAUCCGGGAAGCGGCUGCUCGAUACGCAAACGCUCAGGACGGCGAUAUUAUCAUCAGCACCGGAGAAGAAGAAUCGGUUUUGUCCGAAACCCGACCGGAGUCUCCUUCAACCUCCGUGUCUGAAGCAGCUAUGUCGCUGGAUUACGAUCUGUCGUUCUUGGACACGCUUCCGAGUGAUUUCGGGAUGUUUUCUGGGUUUGAUGACUUCUCCGACGGCUUCUCCGGCGAUCAGUUUACAGAGGUUUUACCCGUUGAAGAUUACGGAGAUGUGAUUUUUGAUGAGUCUCUGUUCCUUUGGGAUUUUUAAAUGUGUAAAAGAGUUUUGAAUUGUUGUUUAUUCGGGUCGUGGAGAGUAAUCUGGAUAUUUUUGUAAGUCGGAGCUCCAGCGACCCGGGAACUUGAUCAUUCUUGCUUUCGUUGAUAUUCCUUCAUUUUUUGCUGUUAUUAAUGAAAAUAUUUGGAUAAAAUAGCAAUUACAUUAAA